ACUGCUGUGAGCCUUGUAAGACCUGCCCUUCUGGUUGGACUCAGUUUCAAGAUCACUGUUACAUUUACCACCAUGCUUCAAAGGACUGGGCUGAUGCCGAGGUUUCCUGCCUUGCCGACGGUGGGAAUCUGGCAUCAGUCCAGAAAUCAGAUGUUCAAGCGUUUGUCAAAAAGCUAAUCAACACAGCGACUAACAAAGAUGACCAAACUUGGGUUGGAGCUCAUGACACAUCAAAGGAGGGUGUGUGGAUGUGGAACGAUGGUUCCCCUUUUACCGGCAAGGGUUUUUGGGGUAAAGGGCAGCCCGACAACGCUGGCAACAAAGAACACUGCUUGGAGCUGAACUACCGCGGUGCUCCCAACGAUGUCCCUUGCCAUCUGAAGAGACCUUAUGUUUGUGGCAAGCACCUGUGAAGAUCACCUCCAUGUCAUCUGCAUCUGCCAUGGUGAUGUCACAUCACCAAUCAUGAUGUCAUUUCUAGCAGAGUGUCGAGCCUCGA